UGCUGAGACAGACUGUGAGCGGGUGGGUUUAUUUUUGGGUCAGUGACUGUGUGUCAAUGGCCGCAGAUGCGUCGGAAAGGAAGGCUCUGAGAUACAAGCAAACCCUGCUCUAUGGGGAGUACCAAGAGAACCAGGGAGGCUCCGGCAGGCGGGAGGCUACCCGCCUGCUGACCGAGAGGCAGAUCAAGAAGCAUGGCAACCAUCACCGCGGCUACGGCAGGACCCGCCACGGCCGGCGCGGCCCCGGACAGAACGGGUUCCACGGCCGCCAUCAGCACGGCCACCAUGCCAGGCAGAGGAACAGGCGCCACUCCAACACCGAGGCAGACGAGCAAGACGAGCAGAUGUCGGAACCCGGCCUCCCGUCCUCUAUGAAGAAGAGGCGCUCCUACUCCAAAUGUAGAGACUGCAUAGCGCGUGUGCAGCGCUUCCUUGUGACCAGGCUGGGAGAAGACUGGAUCUUCCUCGUUCUGCUGGGCAUCACGAUGGCGCUGGUCAGCUGGACAAUGGACUAUGCCAGCGCCAAGAGCCUGCAAGCGUAUAAAUGGAUUCAUGGGGAGCUGAGGGAGAACAUCCUUCUGCAGUUCCUGGCCUGGGUUUCAUAUCCCCUCAUCUUCAUUCUGUUCUCCUCUUUCUUCUGUCACUUGGUCGCGCCUCAAGCUAUCGGUUCUGGCAUCCCAGAGCUGAAGACCAUCCUGAGAGGUGUGGUGCUGAAGGAGUAUUUAACUCUCAGGGCCUUUGUUGCUAAAGUCAUCGGCCUGACUGCCGCCCUGGGCAGCGGGAUGCCUGUGGGCAAAGAGGGUCCAUUCGUCCACAUCGCCAGUAUCUGCGCUGCAGUUCUCAGCAGGUUCAUGUCCUUUUUUUCAGGAGCUUAUCAGAAUCCCUACUGUUACACAGACAUCCUGACAGUGGGCUGUGCUGUCGGGGUGGGCUGCUGCUUCGGUACUCCGCUGGGAGGCGUGCUCUUCAGCAUCGAGGUGACAUCCACCUACUUCGCUGUGAGAAACUACUGGAGGGGGUACUUCGCUGCCACCUUUAGUGCCUUCAUAUUCAGGGUGUUAUCCGUGUUCAACAAAGACGCAGUCACCAUCACUGCUCUGUUCAGGACAAACUUUCGCAUGGAUUUCCCGUUUGACCUGCAGGAGCUGCCGGCCUUCGCCAUCAUCGGGAUCUCCUGUGGGUUCUUGGGGGCCUUCUUCGUCUACCUCAACAGACAGGUGGUUCUGUUCAUGAGACGACCCAAUGCCAUGACCCGCUUCCUCACCAAUCACCGGCUGAUUUUUCCCGCUGUGGUAACGCUAGUCAUCGCCACGUUGACCUUCCCACCCGGCUUUGGACAGUUCAUGGCAGGAGAGCUAAUGCCGAGGGAGUGCAUCAACUCCCUGUUUGACAACUUUACGUGGACAAAGAUUUCAGGAUCUCCUCCUCCGGUCGGACUGGGUCUCUCUGCCGCCUGGCUGCACCCUGACGUCAGCGUCUUCCUCGUCCUGCUGCUCUUCUUAUUCAUGAAGUUCUGGAUGUCUGCUGUGGCCACCACCAUGCCCAUCCCCUCUGGGGCCUUCAUGCCCGUCUUCAUACUGGGAGCUGCGUUUGGCCGGCUGGUCGGGGAGACCAUGGCCACCUUGUUUCCCCAUGGGAUCGUGUUCGAUGGCAUCCUCUACCGCAUCAUCCCCGGAGGGUACGCCGUCAUCGGAGCGGCGGCUUUGACCGGGGCCGUGACCCACACGGUGUCCACGGCGGUGAUCUGCUUUGAGCUGACUGGUCAGAUAUCUCACAUCCUGCCCAUGAUGGUGGCAGUAAUCCUGGCCAACAUGGUGGCCCAGGGCCUGCAGCCCUCCCUGUACGACUCCAUCAUCCAGGUCAAGAAGCUGCCGUACCUGCCGGAGCUCGGCUUUGGACACAUGAGCCAGUACAACAUCGUGGUAGAAGACAUCAUGGUGAGGGAGGUGAAGUUCAUAUCGUCUCAGUCCACGUACAGAGAAGUCAAACUGCUGCUGGACUCCUCCUCGCUCAACUCCAUCCCUCUGGUGGACUCUAAAGAUUCUAUGAUCCUGUUGGGCAGCAUCGACAGGUUGGAGCUCCUCGCUCUCUGUGAUUGGUGGCUGUCGGCGGAGAGGAGGCUCCUGAUGCAGAAGCAGCCUCAGAAGCACAGCUGGGAGUCCUUUGCUUUUGUGGACGAGGAUGAGGAGGAGGAGGAGGGGGAGGAAGAGGAGGACGGAGAGAAGGGCGGCCCGGUGCAGGAGGAGAGUAACGGCCCGCUGCCUCUUUCCAGGCCUCAGGAGGCUUCCUCCAACCACAGCGCUCCGCUUCCUGGGAAAGGUUCUCUCCACAUCACACUGAGGAGUCUCUUCACCUCUAAGAGCAGACCGAGCCAAGGACAGUCACAGGUCCGUGUGCCCCCCCCCCUGUCGGACAACAUGCCCCCGGAGGAGAUCGCCGCGUGGGAGGAGGCGGAGACGGACAAGCCGAUGGAGAUCGAUGAGAUCCGAGUGGACCCCUCCCCUUUCCAGCUGGUCGAGAGGACAUCGUUGCACAAGACACACACCUUGUUCUCCCUGCUGGGGCUCAGUCACGCCUACGUGACCAGUAUCGGUAAACUGGUGGGAGUGGUGGCCCUGAAGGAGCUCCAGAAGGCCAUCGAGGGCUCCACCCGCUCCGGCGUGCGCCUCCGCCCGCCGCUCGCCAGCUUUCGGGACGGCAAUCGCAACUCUGCUCCCAAACCUCCACCCUCCUCUCCCUCUGCUCCUUCAUCUCCGCCAUGCACCUCCCCCCCCUCAGCCCCAGCCGCUGCCCAGCUCCCACCCCCCUCGCCCCAUCGCCUCACCCACCAGGUGCAGGAGAAUGAAACGGAGGCGUGGAUCGAGGGCGUGACCCCGGGGGGGGAGGAGAGCAGCGGCAGCUCGGCGGGCCACCUCACCCUCCCUUCCUCCUCCCCAGCUCCUCCCUUGCUCCCUUCCUCCACCCCCACUCCUCCCUUGGUCCCUUCCUCCUCCCCCACUCCUCCCUUGCUCCCUUCCUCCUCCCCCACUCCUCCCUUGGUCCCUUCCUCCUCCCCCCCGAAACCCUUACACAGACUGGAGGGGGAUGAAGAGAGUGAUGACGAGCCAAUGGUGUAGAUCGGUCAAAGAGUGAUGGUCAUGUUUUUUUAUAAAACCUUUUUUAAAUGAUGUUUAUUUCUUUGGAGACUCAUUUACCUCUUUUUGAUUUGAAUGCAAACGGCUCCGCCCCCUUCAGCCUCCUUGUGUGUGUUUAGAGACGCGCUUCCUCCUCGUUAGGCUCGUCCACGCUCCGUCCCUUCAGUACCGACCUUUAGAGGUCAAAGAUCAUUGUGACCUCCUGAAAACUUAAUUUAAUAAUUAGUUUGCAAAUCGUGAUAAUUUCAUAUGAAUCUAUGACAGCAUUUAUGUAUUUUGACAUUCAAAACAGCAUUAAGACAAUUAUUCUGAUGAACAUUAUUAUUUUACUGUUAGUGGAAAGAUUUGGUUCCGAUUGACUGAACACAUCUCUACGUCACAGUGCUUUUUUAGCCUGACAUAUGUUCUAUUAACAUAAUUUGCUGUGUUGAAGCUCUGACCUGAUCCUUUUAAUCAAUUAAAAGCUAUCCAUUGCUUUUUUUUAAACUGGCCAGCAGACAAUCUGGAUGGCAGGGGACUAAUGGAGCCGCUCAGUCUGCCGUGGAAGAUUGUCCAAAGCCCCAAAAUGACCUCCAAAUGAUGUGGCGACCUUGUGAGCAAAGCCUCAGAGCUCAUCUCAUCACGGUUUAGUUGAUAGAUGGUGCAGCCCGAGGCUUUGUAUGUCCCAGAGACCCCCCCCCCACUCUCACUCACAUGGUUGCCCUCUACAUUUAGCAAAAAUGUCACAUGGCUACUUAAGCUUACUUUUGAUCAUAAUUAUAUCAUAAAUAAGGUACUAAGAAAUGACCGCUGUCAUCCUGUCCCAUCCACAUGUGAAAUGAAGAUGAAGACCCAUGUUGACAUGGAGAUAUCUGCCAAUCAAUGCAUUAAUUGGCCUAAUAAAUCACCUCAUUAGAGGUCUGUUGGAUAUGGACCUGCUUAUUAAUGCUGCUCAUGUGACGCUUCCUCCUCUCAGCCGCUAUAGAGCUUAGAUUCUUUAAAUAGUUUUCUCUUAGCUGAUGUCUGAUGGAUGGAUCCGGUUAUUAGAACUAUAGAAAUCUGUGAAAUCAUUUAAGACGAGCUUGUUGCUGUUGGUCUGAAAAUAGUUUAUUAUUUUGUGAAAAAAUUUCUGCAAUCACAAUUCUGAUGAGUAGAAGUACCUCAGUGACUGCCCCCCCCCCCCCCUCACUGCUGUGAGAGAGUACCUUAAUAAUUGCAUUCAUAUGUGUUUUUCAUGUAUUUCUGCGUUUCUUCUUACACUCUCAUCUCCUGGAUUCAGUUCCUCAGGUUGCUGCCUUAAAAGCUUUGAAACAUUCAGAUGUACCAAAAGCCUUUUCUUUAUGUUGGUGUGAUUUAUAAUGUGUGUGUGUGUCCAUUUCUUAAAUGUCUAUUGUCUCAUCAGUGUAUAUAACUUAUAUAAAUAAAGUUUUAUUUAGUGAAUGCUGGUACAGGCUGCCUUCAUGUGUUCAACCUUUUUAUUUACCCAGGUCGGGUUGAGACCGGAGGAACAGAAAGAAGUUUAAACUGGAACCGAAGCUCACCUCAGACAAAGGUACAAAUAUGGAGUUCCUUUAAUACGGAAAUAUUUCUCGUCUUCUUCCUGCGUUUUCUGCAGAAACAACAGUCUUCGAUCUGUUUUAAUGCUUCCUCUAGUCCUUCAGGUGUCAUUCCCUCCUCCUCACCGUGUCUCUGGGUCUAUUGGGGCAUGUGAAGAAUAUUAUAUAAUAAUCUGUAAUCAAUGUGUUGGGUCCCUCUUCUGCUGGGAAGGACAUUUAUCGAUAUUUAAUUCAGUCACUGACCCGUACAUCACUAAGCUUGUGUCUUUGCACCACACCUCGAGCUAAAGACAAGAAGUGACAUGGAUUCCUUUACACUGCCCCACUUUUAUUUAUUUUGGAGUAGUCGUCACUUCAUCUGCACGUCUCAUUUUAGUUUUUCCUCUGCAGACUGUUGUGUGACGAGAUAUUAAAAUGACGCCGGUCUUAUUUUGCAAGAAAACUUCUUUACUUCCUGUUUUGCAUCUGGACUCCACAGAAGUAAUUCAAGUGAACUAAAUGAUUUAGUGGAGGAAGUCUCUUUAGCAACGAGGAGGACAAAUACAGGACUCUUCUGUCUGUGAUUGUCAGAGUAAAUAAAUCAAAUUCUCUGACCGACCAUCAAAAUGACAACGUUUGACUCUCCUGGAUCAAAUAAAGCAACACAACAAAACAGCACCCAGAAGAAUCCCUUUUCACAGAAUAUAUGUAUUUAACACACAAACAUUCAUACAUACAUACAGUCUUACAUUCAUACAGAUACAUAUCGGUUUAUUGGCUUUUUUAUUUUAUUAUAAAAAGCAAUUUGAUAUAUUAUGAGUUUGUAUAUUGAGUUAUACUGCUGGGCUAGGUCACUGUUUAAAAGCAUGCACUCUCUUUUUGCUUGUGUUCAGAUCAAGUGCUCGCAAAUUAUAUCUCAUUUGAAUCAACUAGGCCUCAGACAAGCUGUCAAUCAAAGCAAAAAUACAGUACUGAGCAAAUCAAACAAGUAACGUUAAUGAUCCUGCAGGCUUCAUUCAUUCUGACCACAAACCAAUCAAGUGUGACCUCCUCCCGUCCUUAUUUGUUAUUUGUUGUGUUGCCCUCACAAGGCCCCUAUAUUCCCUUGUUGAUGUCCACGUCUCCCGCAGGGGGGGUCAGCAAGGGGGGGG